GUGCUACCAAGAGAAGGAACAAAAUCUCUCCCGCUGUACCGCUGCCACCCAUUGAUAUUAUUACCCAAACCCCGGCUCGUUCCAUUCAUCCCAUCCAGUCAGCAGCAAAAACCGGACUGAAACAUCGCAGUUUGUUCUUCGCAAGGCUCGCGUGCGUGUGCUUCCUCGUAAAACAUCAUACCGUGUUUUUUUACUGCCUUUUCCUUCGGUUCCUAAAUGCAUCCGCUUUUGGUUCAGCAGUUCGCCAACAAGUUCAGUCUACUGAAGCAACUCGGACGAUCGACAGCAACAGUUCAACGGUUCUCUUUCCACACCUCGAAAAUGGUCCAGAUUAAGGAAGGCGACAAGAUUCCGUCGAUCGAUUUGUUCGAGGACUCCCCCGCAAACAAGGUCAACAUGGCUGACCUUUGCGCCGGCAAGAAGGUUGUCCUGUUCGCCGUUCCCGGAGCUUUCACCCCGGGCUGCUCCAAGACGCAUCUGCCGGGCUACGUCGAUCGGGCCGAUGCCAUCAAGUCGUCCGGAGUGCAGGAAAUCGUGUGCGUCUCGGUAAACGAUCCGUUCGUUAUGUCCGCCUGGGGCAAGCAGCACAACACCGGCGGCAAGGUACGCAUGCUGGCCGACCCGGCUGCCGUUUUCACCAAGCAGCUCGAACUGGGUGCCGAUCUGCCCCCGUUGGGUGGACUGCGCUCCAAGCGGUACUCGAUGGUUCUGGAGGACGGCGUCAUCAAGUCGCUGAACGUGGAACCGGACGGCACCGGCUUGUCCUGCUCGUUGGCUGACAAAAUCAAAGUCUAAAUGGUUUGGCGAUGGAUCACAUACUAGUUACACAAGCUACUGAAUCGAAUUUAUCGGCCAAAUGCGAUUAAAUGUGUCAUACCAAUGCACCGCGUUAGAGCACAACCCGUUGAUGAAAAAAAAAGAAAAGAUAUCUGCAUGUGAUCCAGCACAUUCUGCUGCACCAACAAAAAUGUUGAAUCUAGCGUCUCGAUCGAGGCAACCUCUCCUUAUAAACCUAAGUGGAUCAAUUACUAAGAAUUAAAACUACCUUUCUAAAACAUUGGCGAGUGGAACGUUUAAGAAAGAUCAUGCUUGUACAAUUAUAAUGUAAUCAAAAGUUCUCUUCGAGAUAUGCAAACUUGUGCUUAAAGUUUUGCUAUUAAAAAAAAAAACACAACUAAAAUUACCUAAACUAGAAUAUCUGAGAACUAAAUUCGUUAAGCGUUACUUUUGUAGACCCCGAUUUGGAUACAAUAAAUAUUUGCUACAGUUAAA